AUGGCCAGGCUGGAAUUCAUUGGAGGUUCUAGCAAAAUCUAUCGGUUGAAUCCCUUCAUCCUGGUGAAAGUACCCCGCGAGAAAGGGGACGAAGAGGCCCAUGCAUUAGAACAGGCCGCCUUCGACAUUAUCGAACGCUAUGGACGAUUCCCGAAUCUGGUCACCAGCUUUUACCGGGCUCCGGGUGUGACUUUUCUAGAAUCCGCGGGCACAAACCUCCAAUUCAUUCUUCAGCAAAACCAGACACGAGAUCCAAAAACCCGUCGUGUUCUUUCCGCCUCAUCCGACUACCCUAUUCACUGGAGAACAGAGAUAUCUGGAGCUUGUGCCUGGCUGGAACAGAUUGGCUUAGCACACUGUGACCUACGCCCGGAGAAUAUUGUCAUCGAUGGCGAUCAUGCUAAAGUCAUUGAUUUCGACCACUCUGUCCAUGUUGAUUCACCGUUGGAUAUUGGCACUGAACCAUUUGCAAGGAAAUUAGUUGACGGAUCGUAUGGCUUAGCUGGCCCUGUUACCGAGCUGUUCGCAAUAGGCUCAAUCUUGUUUUGUUUGACACGAGGAUACCAACCUUACGAAAAUGAGUGGUUCGGCAAGGGUCAUAGGAUUCAUAUGGGGAAGUUGCUUCAGAAUCGAGAAUUCCCUCAAUUAGACACUCACCAGUGGGAUACCGUGAUCAGCUGUUGCUGGGAAGGAAAAUUCAGGACCGUUGAAGAGCUUCAUAGCGAGAUCGAAUCGCUCACAGGGCAGGUUGAAAGCACUCCUGUCCUCGACCAAAACACGCUCGAAAACCAUAGAGAGGAGUGUGAACAGGCUGUCAAAGAUGGACUAAUCAGGAGCUUGGUUGAACAUUUAGCCUAG